CGUGCGUCUGCCCUAGCGUCAAGCCGAAAUCAGCAAUGACGAAGAAAAGGAACAAGAAGAAUAGAGAUGACGACGUUUCCAUGGACGUUUCUGAAUCUCAGAGCGUCUCCGAAGCUGCUCCUCAAGCCAUGGACACUACGGAGACCGGAGACGCGAAACUAGCUGCUCGUGCUCGUAGCUCGAUAAGCGCGAGGAAAGGAAAACCGAUGAAGAGAACGAAGAAUGCAAGCAAUAUGAAAGCCAUGGCUGUAGCCAUGGACACUACAGAAACCGGAGACGUGAAACUAGCUACUCUAGCUCGUAACCCGACAAGCAUGAAGAGAACGAAGAAUGCAAGGAAGAUGAAAGCCGUGGCUAAAGCUAUAGCGUUGAGCGAGAAGUAUGAUGAGAAAGCUACAAAGGACAAAACCAAAACUCUCAGAACUCUUGCGGCCAAGAAAUUGUACGAGUGAUUUUGGUUAAAAAGCUACAGGGAAAGAAAGAAGAUAGAAAUUUUUGAUAGUUCGUUUGUCUAUUUUGGUCUUACUAACGUUUAUGCUUUCUUUUAGAAAAGAGGUUUUGCAAUUUUGUAAUCUUCUCAAGUUGUCGACCUAGAGAAAUUAUAAAUGUUUAUGGAUUGA